CGUUCUGUUCCCCCCAUGUUCUUUGAUUUGCUUUCGCUAUUGGCUUAAUUUUCUUUCAGAGAUUAUAAAGCUAUUCAGUUUUAAGCCAACAAGUCAUUCAUGCGGUGUUCUGAAUGCGGUGUUCAUGCAUGAUUUAGCAACAAGUCAUUCUGAACUCAACUGCAGCUAGUGCAUGCAUGCAUUCUGUUACUAGUCUAGUGUUGCUGCUCCGUGGUGUUAAGUCGGCUUAAAUAGUCUAUCUUGCAGGUGUUAUUCUGGACCAUUUCCAUCUAGUAUUUGGAUUUGCCGCUGAUCAGAUAAUUGUUUGAUUUGAUGGCAAUUAAUUUUGUAUCCUUAAGCUUAGCUGCAGAAUCCAGUAUAUAUGUAGUAAUGCUGGCUCAGUUUCCAUGGUUGAUUUCAAGGGACUAGAGUUCGGUGAUGAACGAAAUCAACAGUUUGGUUAAGUACAAACUCUUCAUCUUAAAGUCACUGACAAUGUUUUUGUUAAAAUGGAAUGAAGGUUCCAAUUUUGUUUGUUUGUUUUUAAAAUAAACAUGUUUAUAUUUGUCUAAAAAGAUGCAGCGGCACACUGGAGCAGUUAAACUUGUAGGGGAUCUAGCCUCCAGUGGCCUUUGGCUAUAUAAACCCUAGCAAAGCAAAUUAAGCAAAUAGCUCUGAAUCUCUGAAAUUCUAGUGUUAAAUUCAGUUUUGUGCAUAUCGUUGUUAAGCCAAUAGCCUUCAUGCGCAUAUCGACGACUAUAAAGCUGUUCAGUUUUGUACAUGACUAUAUUGGGUAGGUGUGUUUAAAUUGAGAAUCUAGGGUUCAGUCCAUUUAUAGUAGAUAUGGUCCAUUUAUAGUAGAUAUGAUCCUGAUGCUGUGUUUGCCAUUUAUAGCAGACAUGGGCACAUGGGCAGAUAUGGUCCAUUGUAGAUAGAGUAGUAGUAUUCCAAAUUGAGGCUCUGGCAAAGAUAGAGUAGUAGUAUUCCAAGUGUUCACAAGUGCAUUGUUUUUUUCUCACUUUUGCUAUCAUAAAUAUCCACAAGUGCAUUGCUUUUUUUUCUCACUUUUGCCAUCAUAAACUUGGUUCUGUUCCAACUAUGUCCAGUCCUGUUUAUGGUAACUUGUUGUUUAAUUACAAUGCUGCUUUUCAGAGAAGUGAGAUGGCUGGCUUGGAAGGUUUCGAGUUCUUCGAGAUCGUAAUUGAGAAAUCUUGCAAUAGGCAGAGGCUGCCUGACAAGUUUGCAAAGAUGCUCGCUGGCCGUGAGCCCCACAAAGUGAAGCUGCGGGAGGCCGACAGCGGGCUUCGCAGGCUGUGGGACGUGUUGGUGGUGUUCGACGGCGAAGGCCACAUGUACCUAGGGCCCGGCUGGGAUCAUUUCGCCCGCGCCCAUGAGCUGCAGCUCGGGCACUUCCUUGUCUUCCGCUACGACGACGACGCCAUGUUCACCGUGAAGAUGUUCGACAACACCAUGUACCGCAUGUACUACCAGCACGACGACGAUGCCAGCAAUGGGAGCAACAGCGGGGAUGACGAGGAGCAGAGCAGGAAUGACGAGGAGCAGAGCGGGGAUAACGAGGAGCAGAGCGGGGAUGACGAGGAGCAGCCUAUUCUGGCUGACAACGACCUUGCUGUGAUGGUGGCUGACGAGGACCCUGCUAUGGUGGUGGCGGAUGAUGACCUUGCUAUGGUGGUGGCUAACGACGACCCUGCUAUGGUGGUGGCGGACGACAACCUUGCUAUGGUGGCUGACGACGACCUCGCGAUUGUGGUACCUAAUGAUGACCUCGCAAUGGUGGUGCCUAACAAUGACCUCGUGAUGGUGGUGGCGCCUGCAAUCCCAUAGCUUGGCGACGGGACCAUGCCAAUUGUGGUAGAGGAGUACAUCCGCGUUGGGAUUCGCCACUCUGAGCGCAUCAGGUUGAUGAAGGAGAAGAAGGAGGAGAUCAAGUGAAGAUGUUAAGAAAUGAAGUGGCAAUGUUAAGCAUGUUAGGUUUAAGCUUGUUAGUGUAAUCUAAACAUGUCAAUGUUAAGUAUGUCAAGUUUAAUUUUGUGCAUGCUCAUGGAUGCUGUAUGACAGUGUCAUCUAAACAUGUCAGUUUCUUAAUUAUGAAUAUUCAGUUUGGUAA